UGGCCGUCCAUCACAAAUGGGGUUAGCCACCGCUGUUUUUUACCAAUUUCUGUUUAUUGUAGUAUUUUUCGUUCAUGGAAAUACAUUGCCUUAUACCAGAUAAUGUAAGUCAAUGUGCGUUACUAUAAAUUGGGUGUAUCCUGAAGAUGCCAGUUAAUUCAAUUACAGAAGUGAAAAAAGGGGUUGACAAAACUAAAUUUUCACUUUCACUAAAUAAAAAUAAUGCAACAAAUUUGAACAACGAAAACAAGAAGCCCGUUCAGAUAAAAGAAAAUCCUUGGACAUUCAAUGACAAUAAAGAAAAUACUCCAAAAAAGAGACCACAUAGCACAUACUCGAACACGGUGAAUGCAGCUAAGAAACUGAAACCAUUGAUAGAACCUACCAAUUCUGCAGUUUCAGGUUUUGUGGCAAAAGCAGCAGCCGUUACAGAUACUUACGAUAAAGUAAAGCUAGAAGUGCGUAAGUCUCCACUAAGUAACUCUGCCAUGUUGAAUGGCUAUCAUCAAUUAGACACUCAGUUUGGUGGGAACCCACAAUGGAAGGCUCCCAUUGCAACCCUCUCCAAUCUUGGAAACACAUGUUUUCUGAACAGUGUCCUUUAUACUUUACGGUAUGCACCCAGGUUUGUCCAUAAUCUCCACCAUCUAGUGUCAGACCUGAGCAGAGUAGAACAGAAGUUAGGAAGCAUAAGGCUAAAGAGUUCUUCUCUCGGCCGCAGUGCAGUGGGCUUAGCAUCAUCGGGAACAAGGUCUUGGAGUAGCAAGGACCUCUUAUCACUCGGACAGUCAGAUAACAAUGCUGGGAAAAGUAAAAUACAGAUAGCAACAGAAAAACUCCAUGAAACAUACUUGAGUCUGCGAGCUGCUGAGAGCAAAUGUAUUCACAGCGGACAAACUGACGCAACACCUGAACCUUAUGCGGCUGACGCGUUUUUGGCUGCUCUCAGAGAUGUAAACUCCACAUUUGAAGGGAACCGACAGCAGGAUGCCCAUGAACUACUUGUGUGUAUACUAGACAACAUACGGGAAACGUGUCGAGCUCUCAGCGCAAGGGCAUCGCUUUUACAACUACACGAAAAUGGCGAUACCAAUGGGAUUGGGCGUCAAUCGAAUCUAGAUGGUGACAGUGGUACUAAGACUCUGGGAAAUUUGAGAAAGUCAUGGAAGAAACGUAAAGAGUUAAAAGCGAGUGAAAAGAGAAAUUCGCCUACAGAAGAACGAGCACCCUCACCACAUGAUCCAGAACGGGACGAGCGGUCGAGACCAGGGUGGGAUUUUGUUGCUGAGGACUUUGAAGGGACAAUGGUAGUGAGGACGAUGUGUCUGGAAUGCGAGGCGGUGACGGAAAAGGCCCAGGCGGUCUGCGAGCUCUGUGUACCUGUAGGUGAUGAGGAAACCCCCGAGGAACCAUUCAAAGCCUCCUGCUUGUCGAGCGAAUACCUACGAGAUCAAAAUAAGUACUGGUGCGAGCGCUGCCUCCGCUACAACGAGGCGCGGCGCAGCGUGGCGUACUCGCGUCUGCCGCGGCUGCUGGUGCUGCAGCUGAAGCGGUUCAGCGGUGGCAUGGAGAAGAUCACCCGCCACGCGCCCACGCCGCUCCUCAUGCCGUGCUUCUGCGAGCUGUGCGCCAAACGCGCGCCCGAUACGCCAGCGCCGCAUAGAUACAUCCUGUGGGCGGUGAUAAUGCACCUCGGGCAGACGCUGACGGGCGGUCACUACGUGGCGUACGCUCGCGACGGCGCCGCGGACGCUCGGUGCGGACGCACGGGCGACGCACAGACCGGCUCCAGCUUCAUGCGCACGCUGUUCCAGCGACCGCGCCCGACGCCGGGCUGCGCGGCCCGCGACUGCUGCGAGCCCCGCCCCAGACCGGAGCCCGGCUGGCUCGCCUGUGACGACGACCUCGUCAAACCCAUCUCCGACGAGGAGUUUGAAGAUCUACUAUCCGCGGAACCCAAGAUGCGCUCCGCCGCGACACCCUACCUCUUGUUCUAUGUGAAAAGCGAGGUAGGCUAGUGAUCGAUGAAGUAUAUACCGGUUUAUAUCUAUAAUAUUCCUGAUAUUAUUGAUGAAUGUUUACAUUUGUGAAAAUUGACAGACCAUUAUUCAAAUCUUACAAAAAAAUAUUAUAAACUUUCUACACUUACCCUUAAAAUUCUUGACACAACAUAAUAUUUUAUGAUAAUAUACUCGAUCAACAGAAUCAAUAUUGUGUAAUACGUAAAUGUAAACAUUCAACAAACUUCAUAUAUUGAUUAUUAUGAUUUAUCUGAAUUUGGCUUAAAAGACGUUUGUGGUGGUAUUCUAUAUAAUACAAGUGUUACAAAUGUAUAUUUAGAUAUAAAUAAUAGAUCAGACAUCAUCUAUAGAUCAAUAUUCGUCGAUGCUCGUACUUGUAAAUACGACAAAAAAUAUUGAAAAUCGCUCUACAAGGUUGGAGUGAUCGUUGAUCAUACUAAAUUCCACUGGUUGAAUGCAUAGCCUCAGUAACAAAUAUAUAUAAAAUCAGUUAAAAAGAUAAAUAUUAAAUAUGUAUUUUUAUUUGCAUUAAUGCUACUUAGAGCUGGGGGUGAGUCAAAAUCUUUCCGUUUUCGCUUCGUUAUUUUUAUUUAUUUAUGAUACUUAUUGA